UGAUCAAACCGCCCGGUCCGAAGUCGAAACGGAGAGGAGGUUAUUCGCAAACCUGAACAAUGGCGACCUCGCAACCUCCCCUUCGUUUUACCUCCCACAAACACCUUGCCCACCGCCUUGUGCUUGCCACCUUGACUGGCCGCGCCGUGCACAUCUCGCAGAUCCGGUCGUCGUCGCCAACAAACCCGGGGCUCGCACCUUAUGAGAUCUCCUUCCUGCGUCUUUUAGAAGCGGUGACCAAUGGAUCACAUAUAGAGAUAUCGUAUACGGGAACAAUACUGGUGUAUAAGCCUGGCCUCAUAACCGGCAGUGCUCCCGGUAGCGGUGCCAGUGGGGGUGUUAUCAAACACGAGCUUCCUGCGGGGUGUACGCGAGGGAUCAGCUAUUUCUUGAUCCCAGUUUGUCUACUCGCUCCUUUCUCGAAGGCUUCUUUCAAUAUCCUCUUCACCGGCCCGGGCGUUAUCACCUCCUCGACCCCGACGGGCGACAUGUCCGUUGAUAGUGUGAGGACCGCGAUCCUUCCCUUGUUUUCGCAAUUCGGCAUUUUCAACAAUAUUGAACUGCGUGUCCUGCGAAGAUCUAACCCGGACCGCAAUGGAAAAGGUGGCGGUGGAGAGGUUCAAUUGAUUUUCGGCCACCAAGUCCGUCUUCCUAAAACUCUACAUUUACUGAACCCAGGUCGAAUCAAGAGCGUCCGUGGUGUUGCAUACUCAACGGGCGUAUCGGGGUCUAAUAACGCGAGAAUGAUUGAGGUUGCUAGAGGGGUUCUAAACCCCUUGGUAUCAGAUAUCUAUAUUUUCUCCGAUGUGUCAUCCGCUCCAUUGGUUCCUGCUCCUGAGAAGAACAAUCCGAAUGCGAAAAGGAAAAUCGGAAUCGGUUUCGGACUUUCUUUAGUUGCUGAAUCCUCAACCGGAUGUCUGUAUUCUGCUGACGUCGCCUCUCCUCCAUCCGGUGGUCAGCCUCCCGAAGAUAUCGGGAAGCAAUGUGCCUAUCAAUUACUGGAGUCUAUCUCCGUCGGCGGGUGCGUUUCCAUGGCUGGGGCGCCUACCGUGCUGUCUCUCAUGGCAAUGGGCUCAGAAGACGUUGGAAGACUUCAGGUAGGUCGAGACAUCAUAUCUCACGAAGCGAUCGUGCAGCUGGCUCGAGAUCUCAGCCAGUUCGGGGCUGCUGGGUGGGGAGUUAGAGAUGCACCCGAAGAGAAUAAAUCGGGAGAUGUCAUUGUUAGCGUCGUCGGACGCGGUAUAGGAAAUGUUGGGAGGAAGAUUGCGUGAUCCCAUCAGAAUCACAAAGAAACUCGCAAUCUUCUUCAACAGGCACCGGGCCGGAAGCUCCAUGCGCGGGACAAACCCACGGCAUCGGCAUCUUAAUUUUGCCCUCUCAUUUGCAAAGGGAUUACCGAAUUUCGUCGUCAACGGUCUUUCCGUUCAUAGCAUAGUUGGCAUAAAAAUCGGUGUCCUUGCACCCAUAGUAUCCGGCACCAUCAUCACCAACAUUUCAACCAGCUAUAACGUACGGCCGCGAGAUCUUGAAAACAUCACGUUUAGAUUUCCCUACCCGUUUCGUGUGGAUGUGACAUAACGUGCCAUGCAUUUUUUUUCCCCCAUGUGCUUCCAAGCCAUGGACAGCGCCUAGGAUGACAUACUAUGCUUUGUGACUGUUCGCUGUUUAUGGCAUAUCCGCCAAAUCGAGGCGCCAGGUGCGAAUGUGCUGAUUACGAACUGGGCUAAAUGUAUCCCUAACCGAGCUGUUCAUUUGUACA